GCAUUUCUCAUUCAACUUAAACACGUAGAAUUUGAGAAUUUCAACAAAUCAUUUUUCUUUAAUUUAAAAUUUUUAACUGGAAACAUUUAAUUAGAAAAAAGUAAAAUGUUCCAAGUACGUCCCUGCGGAUGUAAGGGAAUCCGAACCUGUCUAAUUUGUGAAUCCGAAUUCGGAAUUUCGACAGGGGAACAGAAACCGAAUAACUUUGCACUGACGAAAUUGGAUCUUGAGACUUGUUACGAAUAUUGUCACUUGUGCGACUCAAAGGCCUGGCUGGGCGUAAACGUAUUGAGAGAUCAUCCCCAUCAUGGUGGAAAUCCGAUCGAUUAUCGUGGAGUUAUUUUAAUUCCUGACUUUUUGACAUGUGACGAAGAGAUAGAAAUGAUUCAAGGGUGUGACUCGAUGCAGUGGGAUUUAUCGCAGAGUGGUCGAAGGAAGCAGAAUUUUGGACCCAAGACCAACUUCAAAAAGAUGAAAAUUAAUGGCAACAGUUUCACCGGAUUUCCAAAGUUUAGUGAAUUUGCGCAGAAAAAAUUAAACCAAGUUCCAGCCUUAUCUGACUUUCAGACAAUUGAACAAUGUGCUAUUGAAUAUCGUCCAGAGACCGGAGCCUGUAUCGACCCUCACAUCGAUGACUGUUGGGUGUGGGGCGAGCGAGUCAUUUCUAUUAGUUUAAUCUCAGAUUCUGUCCUCACAAUGACGAAAUAUGUUGGUGGAAUCACAAAAUAUAAUUUAAAGUAUCAUUAUGAUAAUAAUUAUACGUAUAAUCCGUUUAAUACCGAGAAUAGUAACACUACUUCUAAUUCCUAUCCAAUUGUACGGCUUCCCAUGCCAGCUCGUUCUCUCCUCGUCCUUUCUGGACCGUCUCGGUACGAAUGGGAACAUUCAAUUUUGCGAAGUGAUAUUCAGGAUAGACGGAUUUGCAUGGCUUAUCGAGAAUUUACAAGAGAGUAUUUACCAAAUGGGUCGCUGUAUUUGACUACGGGACAAAAUGUUAUCGAUAAGGCGCAUAAUUUCUGGAGUUGUGACGAUAUUAAUAAGAAUGAAGGAUAAGAAUAAAUUGGUAUUUUAUAAGAUUUGUUGAAAACCGAAAUAAAAGAAGUUGGCUUUUAUUCCCAGCGCAAUAA